CGGGCGAUACGGUCGGCGGCCUGUCGCCGCACGCCGCUCUGCGGGCGGCCGCCGCGGCGAAGCAUGGCCCUGGUGCCGAUGGUGCUCGAGUCCACGCCGCGCGGCGAGCGGGCCUUCGACAUCUUCUCGCGGCUGCUGCAGGAGCGCAUCGUCUGCCUCAACGGGCCGAUCCAUGACGAUACGAGCAACGUCGUGGUGGCGCAGCUGCUGUACCUCGAGUCCCAGUCGGUGGAGAAGCCCAUCUACAUGUACAUCAACUCGCCCGGCGGCGUGGUCACCGCCGGCCUCGCCAUCUACGACACCAUGCAGUUCGUGCGGCCGCCGGUCGCCACGUUAUGUGUCGGGCAGGCGUGCUCGAUGGGGUCGCUGCUGCUCGCAGCCGGCGCGCCGGGCAUGCGGCGGGCGCUGCCAAACUCGCGCGUGAUGAUCCACCAGCCUUCGGGCGGCGUCUCCGGCCAGGCGACCGACAUCGAGAUCCACGCUCGAGAGAUCCUGGCGACGCGAGAGAGGCUGGUCGGGCUCUACGCGGCGCACAGCGGCCGGACGGUGGAGGAGAUUGCAUCGGCAAAGGAGCGGGACCACUUCAUGUCGCCCGAGCAGGCGCGCGAGUUUGGGCUCAUCGAUGAGGUCGUCUCCACGCGCGACGGUCCCACCUCCGCCCCAGCAGAGGCGCCAGCUGCGAUGGAGGCGGUCGGCUGAGGUCGGCAGUGUGCUCGCGGCGGCCCUGAGCCUCCCUAAAGGAGCCACG